UCUACAAAGCGCCGUAGGUUCUUAGAGGAACUAGAAGUUGAUCUGGAUGAAUCAGAGUUUCAAUUUCAAAGCACAUCUUAGAGUGAUGCUCAUCAUGAAAUUAGCAAUAGUGACUCAUUAUUUAAACCAUUCAUAACCCCAAGUAUUGCAAGCUGUAGUUCGAUAAGUGAUGUAAAUGAUGACAUUAAUGAUAGUCAAUUACCUAUUAUUUCAUUUUUUGAUAGAAAUAUUUCAAUAACUCCUGUAACUGACGAAUAUGAAUUUAAAUUAAAUUCAGAUCCUGAUACUGAUAGUGACAAAGAGAGUAUUUCUAAUCAAAACCCAUUUUUUAAUCACGAUAAUAAACAAAUUAUGUUAAAUUUAAUAGCACAAUGGGCAGUAACUCAUAACAUUUCUAAUACAGCCUUUUCUGCAUUAUUAAAAUGUUUAAAAUCCCAUCAAUGUUUUGAUAAUUUUCCCAUAGAUGCCAGAACUAUUUUAAAACCAAAUCCACAUUCUAGUCCAAUGGAAAUUCAAUCUAUUCCACCUGGUGUUUACCAUCAUUUUGGUAUUUCUAAUGGCCUAACUUCAUUAGGAAAUAUAUUAAACUAUACUGAAGAAACAAUUAAAAUAUUAAUAGGUAUUGACGGACUACCUCUUACCAAAAGCUUCAAUAGUACAUUCUGGUCCAUUCUUGGUUGUGUACGGUACCCAUCAAAUUAUCCACAUAUAUUUCUCAUUGGUCUUUAUUGGGGGAAAGAUAAGCCUGAAGAGAGUAAUAUAUUUUUAAAGGACAUGGUAAAUGAACUUAUUGAGUUAUCAAAAAAUGGUUUUAUGACAGAGUUUGGAAAAAAAAAGGUCAUUGUCGAUGGGUUUUGCUAUGAUGCCCCAGCUAAAAGUUACAUUUUAAAAACUAAAGGUCAUACUGGGUUUUUUUCAUGUUCAAGGUGUAGUACCGAGGGAAUUUAUUUUGAAAAUAGAGUAUGCUUUCCUGAUAUUAAAUUUACCAAAAGAACUCAUUCAGACUUUUUAAAUCGUAGAAAUGAUGAUUAUCAUGUUACUAAUUCUACUUCAAUAAUAACUGAAAUUCCACAUUUAAACAUAAUUUAUGACUUCCCAUUAGAUUAUAUGCAUCUUAUAUGCUUAGGAGUAGUGAAAAACUUGAUUUUAUUAUGGUUAGUGUUCGAUCACGGAACGGUUUCCUUUUGGCCAAAUUAUAUAUAUAUAUCUCCUCGGGACACCACAGGUGUGGCAAACGAUAAGGUGUCCGGCUACAAGAUAAAGUUGUGUCCGGCAAGCUCCCCCCUCCGCUGUUUGGUGACAGCUCGUCAGCCUAUGGCCGAACCGCCAGCCAGCCCGGCGUCUAUGUGUCCGUCCUCUCACAACGGUUGA